GUCUUUAAAGCAGCUCACCAGUCCGCUGCUGUGCGAUUAAUCACUGCCGUUUCUCGCCGCCGCUGUUCUGAGGGUGUUGCUGAAACCAGAUUGCUCUCCGCCGGUUACCGCUACCGCUCCCCACACUUGCAGCCAUUUUACACAAGACGAACCGAAUCAUAAUGUCGUGAGGCGUCACAUCACCUUCAAGGACCGGGGCCAGGUACCAGCACCUCCGCAUCUCGACCGCGACAGUUCGGCGAAAAUGGUGAAGCGAAAAAGCCUGGAUGACACCGACACGGAGUGCGGCAAGGGGAUACCGUUUCCGAUCCAGACCUUCUUAUGGAGGCAGACCAGCGCAUUUCUGCGGCCGAAGUUAGGGAAGCAAUAUGAAGCAUCUUGUGUGUCGUUCGAGCGGGUGUUGGUGGAGAACAAGCUUCAUGGGCUCUCUCCGGCGCUGUCCGAGGCCAUCCAGAGCAUCUCACGAUGGGAGCUGGUCCAGGCUGCACUGCCCCAUGUACUACAUUGCACUGCCAUCCUGCUGUCCAACAGGAACAAGCUGGGUCACCAGGACAAGCUGGGCGUGGCAGAGACCAAGCUUCUCCACACGCUCCACUGGAUGCUUUUGGAGGCAGCCCAGGAGUGCAACCACGAGCCCAGUCUGGGACACGGCUGGUCGGGAGGCAGCAGCAGCUCUGCUUUCCUCCAGCCUCUGGGGAUGGGGAACCAGGGCUCCCCGCCGGAUAGGGGUGGCCAAAGUUGCCCGGGAUCAGGCACCGGUUCUGGGUCUGGUGUGCCACGCCGCAGUGGGUCCCUGGAAGAGGAUGAACAUGCCCGCACCAAGCUCUUCCACAAGAGCAUGGCCACUGUGGAGUUGUUUGUCUUCCUGUUUGCUCCCCUCAUCCAUCGCAUUAAGGAGUCCGACCUGACCUUCCGAUUGGCCAGCGGUCUUGUCCUGUGGCAGCCAAUGUGGGAGCACCGGCAACCUGACGUUCCCGCCUUCUCUGCCCUCAUUAAGCCUGUGAGGAACAUUGUGACAGCCAAGAGGAACUCCCCAGUGAACAACCAGUGCAGCCCCUGUGGGUCAAGCAACCAAGGCCCCGUGGGUUUCCAGGUGGUCUGUGAAACGGCCCAAUCCGAUUCCUCCUCCCCUGGGACUGGAGAGCAGAGCUGUCGCCGCGGCAACUCAGUGGAUAGAGGUGGGCCGUCGAGACGUCAGGCUCCUCCCCUCGACAAAGGGGUCUCAAAGAAGAAGACCUCGGCACCCACGGGCAUCCCCGUCUCCCUGGCUCAGCGUGCACGCUACGCCACCUACUUUGACGUGGCUGUCCUGCGUUGUCUGCUGCAGCCCCAUUGGACAGAGGAAGGGGUGCAUUGGGCUCUAAUGUUUUACCUGCAGCGCCUGCGUCAGAUCCUGGAGGAGCGCCCGGAACGCCCCCCGGAGCCGCUGGUCCCGCCUCUGCCACGCCCACGCAGCAGUUCCAUGGUGGCCGCCACGCCCUCUCUUGUCAACACCCACAAGACUCAGGACAUGAGUCUCAAGUGCAACGAGGAGGCCAAGUCCCUCAGCUCAGAAACCUUCUCCAAAGUGUCAAUGACCAACCUGCGCAGACAGGCUGUACCUGACCUGUCCUCCGACCUGGGAAUGAACCUCUUCAAAAAGUUCAAGAACAGGAGGGAGGACCGUGAGCGAAAGGGCUCCAUCCCGUUCCACCACACGGGCAAGAAGCGCCAGCGCCGCAUGGGCGUCCCCUUCCUGCUCCACGACGAUCACCUGGACGUGUCGCCCACCCGCUCCACUUUCUCGUUCGGCAGCUUCUCAGGCCUGGGUGACGACCGGCGGGCGCUGGAACGGGGCGGCUGGCAGGCUACCAUCAUGGGGAAGUUCACACGGCGAGGGAGCUCUGACACGGCUGCGGACGCGGACAGCUUGAGCGUUAAACACUCACACUCCCAUCAUUCCCUGCUGCGAGACAUGCCUGACCACUCCAACAGCCACAGUGACAACACGGUGCAUGCAAAGGGAGAGGUGCGUUCCCAGAUUUCCACCAUCACCAUGGCAACGUUCAACACCACGGUGGCAUCCUUUAACGUGGGCUAUGCCGACUUCUUCACUGAACACAUGAAGAAGCUGUGCAACCCCGUGCCCAUCCCGGAGAUGCCCACCGAGCCGCUGGCCUGUGCCAACCUGCCGCGGAGCCUCACCGACUCGUGCAUCAACUACUCGUGCCUGGAGGAGGGUGACAGCAUCGAGGGCACCAACAAUUUCAUCCUGAAGAAUGGCAUGUUGGACCUUACCGCCAUCUUGCGGGCCCUGUACGCCGUGCUGACCCACGAUAUCAGCUCGCGCAUCUGCGACGUGUCCCUCAACAUCAUCGACUGCUUGCUCCAACUGGGGGUGGUGCCUGGCAUGGGCAAGAAGCUCUCCAAGCCAGACGAAAAGGAGAACGAGGAGAUGCGCCUCCCCAAGGAGGGGGCCAAUCAAGGCUUGGGUGGAGCCCAAGGUGGCUUGUCUGGAGGAUGCAGCGGGGCGCCGCCUGGCGGAGGAGGAGGGGGGGGGGAUGGAGGAGGUGGCGGCGGGGGAAGUGGGGGCGGCAGCGGCGGGAGCGGUGGAGGGAGCGGGGACGACGUGAAGGACAACAAGAAGAAAGACAGCAAGGAGGACGGCUCUUCGCUCAGCACCCACAGGCUAGCUCUCACCAUGCUCAUUAAGAUCGUCAAGUCUCUGGGUUGUGCUUACGGCUGCGGGGAGGGCCACCGAGGUCUCUCCGGCGAUCGCCUCCGUAUGCAGGCCCAGAACUGCCUGACCAACUUAUACAAGCUGGACAAGGCGCAGUUCCGUCAGACCAUGAGGGACUAUGUCAACAAGGACUCCCUCAACAAUAUUGUGGACUUCCUGCACGCUCUUCUGGGCUUCUGCAUGGAACCCGUCACCGACAAUAAGGCCGGUUUCGGAAAUAACUUCACCACUGGGGACAACAAGUCGUUGGCCCAGAACAUGGAGGCGGUGGUGGUGGGCUGCAUGUUCAAGUCUCUGAUAACGCGCUGCGCCUCCACCACGCACGAACUGCACAGCCCUGAGAACCUGGGUCUGUACUGCGACAUCCGCCAGCUGGUGCAGUUCAUCAAGGAGUCCCAUGGCAACGUGUUCCGCAGGGUGGCACUGAGCGCGCUCCUGGACUCAGCUGAGAAAGUGGCUACCGCCAAGAAACCAGAGGAGAAGGAGGAGGUCAUCAUCAAACCAACAGUGCCCAGGAGGUCAGAAGCAGGAGUGUCUGGAGAGAAGGGAGGUCAGCCGUCCACCACGGCUGACGAGUGCCGCAGCUGCAUCUCCAGUCGGCCCCCUCAGACACCAGAGCAUGAUGAACAGAUUCCGGGGGCCCUGCUGGGUCGGAAGGACUUCUGGAGGAAGAUGUUCAAGUCGCAGAGUGCCGCCAGUGACACCAGCAGCCAAUCAGAGCAGGACACUUCGGAGUGCACCACUGCCCACUCAGGCACCACCACGGACAGGCGCUCACGCUCUCGCUCCAGGCGCAUCUCCCUGCGCAAGAAGCUCAAGCUGCCCAUCGGUAACUGGCUGAAGCGGUCAUCACUAUCUGGACUGACCGACGGGGUGGAAGACUUGCUGGACAUCAGCUCUGUGGACCGACUGUCCUUCAUUCGCCAGAGCUCCAAGGUCAAGUUCACCAGCAACGUGAAGCUUUCGGAGGGUGGCGGCGUGGAGUACGGCCGGGACGAGGAGGAGAACUUCUUCAAGCGGCUCGGCCCCCAGGGGUUCCAGGAGCGCUUGGCGGCCAGUCAGGAAGCCAUGAAAAACAAGAACGUGGUGAACCUGGGCGCCAUCCGCCAGGGCAUGAAGCGCUUCCAGUUCCUGUUGAACUGCUGCGAGCCUGGCACCAUCCCUGAUGCCUCCAUCCUGGCUGCUGCACUCGACCUGGAAGCUCCUGUGGUUGCCAGAGCCUCCCUGUUCCUAGAAUGUGCCAGAUUUGUUCAUCGCUGUAACCGCGGAAAUUGGCCUGAGUGGAUGAAAGGUCACCACGUGAACAUCACCAAGCGGGGUCUUUCCCGGGGACGCUCGCCCAUAGUGGGCAACAAGAGGAACCAGAAGCUCCAAUGGAAUGCAGCCAAGCACUUCUGCCAAUGGGGGGAUGCCAUUGGAACGCGUCUCAGUGAGUUGUGUCACUCUGACAGUGAGAGUCCGGCCAACAUCUUGGGGUUCAUCUACGAUGAGGAGACUAAGAGACGGAUGAGAAAGGAAGACGAGGAGGAGGACUUCUUAGAUGACAACACAGUAAACCCGACAAAAUGUGGCUGUCCGUUCGCACUCAAGAUGGCUGCCUGCCAGUUGCUCCUGGAGAUCACCACCUUCCUCCGAGAGACGUUCCCUUGCCUCCCCAGGCCACGCACCGAGCCCCAAGUGGACUUGGAUAGCUGUCGGUUGAGGUUGGACCCUGAGCUAGGCCGCCACCGCUACGAGAGAAAGAUCAGCUUUGCUGGUAUCCUAGACGACGAGGACGGCCACGACUCUCUAAACAGCAGUAGCCACACGCUCAAAUCUGACACAGCUUCUGACGAAAAGAAGGCUCAGGAGCCUCUGGCCCCCAUCAGGAAGAUCCGUAUCGGGGGCUCUCGGCUGCUGCAGAUUAAGGGGGCUAGAAGUUUCAAGGUGAAGAAGGGAGGCUCUCUGUCGUCCAUUCGCCGGGCGGGCAGCCUGAAGAGCACCAAGAUGUCCCGCCAGGACUCCGAGUCGGAGAACGAGGAGGGCCUGUUGUCCCAGAGCAGGGACACUGUCACUGACAUAGGUAGUCCAUGGAGCACCAGUGAGCCUAGUAUUGAACCCGAGGGCUCUGGAGGAACCGGAGGGCCUGAGGACAACUAUCACCGCAACAUGUCCUGGCUACAUAUUAUGAUCCUGCUGUGCAAUCAGCAGAGCUUCAUCUGUACCCAUGUGGAGUUCUGUCACCCGCGCUGCUACCAGCACCACAGCCGCUCCUGCGCCCGGCUGGUACGCGCCGUCAAACUGCUCUACGGGGAGACCGUGGACACACUGAGGGAGGACCGUGCCGGGAACACCAGUGGCCGGGCCAAGAGGAACAAGGAGUGUUCAGAUAAGUCCUGUCUGAGGACCCCGUCCAUGAAGAGGCGUCCCACGGACUCCAAUACCGAGGGCAAGAAGGACACGGGCAUGCUCAAAUACAUCCGCAACCAGGUGAUGAGCCUGUCCCCAGCUCCUCUGUCCCUGCUGAUCAAGGCUGCUCCCAUUCUGACCGAGGACAUGUAUGGAGACGUCCAGCCAGCAGCCUGGGAGUUGUUGCUGAGCGUGGACGAGCACAUGGCUGCCGCGGCAGCGGCCAUGUUCCUGCUAUGCGCAGUGAAGGUGCCUGACGCUGUGACCGAGAUGAUGAUGGCUGAGUUCCAGCAUGUGGAGGCGAGCCAGCGCAUCAACUCGGUGUUCAAGUUCUACACGCUGUGGCGGUUUCGCUACCAGGUGUGGCCUCGGAUGGAGGAGGGGGCCCAGCAGAUCUUCAAGAUCCCUCCGCCCAGCAUCAACUUCACCCUGCCAUCCCCUAUCCUGGGCAUGCCCUGUGUGCCGAUGUUCGACCCGCCUUGGGUACCCUCCAACACUGGCAGCGUCCAAGACCCAAUCAAUGAGGACAACUCUAAGUCCUUCUCGGCACGGGCCGUGUCUCGCUCCCACCAGCGCGCCGAGCACAUCCUGAAGAACCUGCAGCAGGAGGAGGAGAAGAGGCGCCUGGGCCGCGAGGCCAGCAUCAUCACGGCCAUCCCUGUGGCCCAGGAGGCCUGCUACGAGCCCACCUGCAGCCCCCCGCCCGAGCAGGAGGAGGAAGCAGAAGAAGUGGUCAACCUGGCGUCUCGCCGCAUGUCCGUUACUCCGUCCUGUGCUUCCAGUAACUCCCACAGGAACUACUCCUUCCGCCGCGGCUCUGUGUGGUCCGUCCGCUCUUUGGCCAGCGCCGAGGAUGAGGAGAACACUACGGAGCACACGCCCACUCAUCACAUGCUGCAACCCCCCCAGGCUGUGUUCCCAGCCUGCAUCUGUGCUGCCGUUUUACCCAUAGUGCACCUGAUGGAGGAUGGGGAGGUGCGAGAGGACGGCGUGGCAGUGAGUGCAGUAGCCCAGCAGAUCCUUUGGAACUGUCUGAUCGAGGACCCAGCACUGGUGCUCAGGCACUUCCUGGAGAAGCUCACGGUUAGCAAUCGACAGGACGAGUUAAUGUACAUGCUUAGGAAGCUGUUGAUGAACAUCGGCGACCUCCCGGCCCAGACCUCUCACAUCCUCUUCAACUACCUGGUGGGUCUCAUCAUGUAUUUUGUCCGUACCCCGUGUGAAUGGGGAAUGGAUGCCAUCUCGGCCACGCUGACCUUUCUGUGGGAGGUGGUGGGCUAUGUUGAGGGCCUCUUCUUCAAGGACCUCAAACAGACCAUGAAGAAGGAGCAGUGUGAAGUCAAGCUGUUGGUCACUGCGUCAAUGCCAGGCACCAAGACCUUGGUUGUGCAUGGCCAGAAUGAAUGUGAUAUUCCCACUCAGCUGCCAGUACAUGAGGACACUCAGUUUGAAGCCUUGCUCAAGGAGUGUCUGGAGUUCUUCAACAUUCCUGAGGCCCGGUCUGCUCAUUACUUUCUCAUGGACAAGCGCUGGAACCUCAUUCACUAUUCCAAGACCUUCGUGAGAGACAUCUAUCCGUUCAGGAGGUCCGUGUCUCCCCAGCUCAACCUGGUUCACAUGUUGCCAGAGAAAGGCCAGGAACUCAUUCAAAAACAGGUGUUUUCCCGGAAGCUGGAGGAGGUUGGCCGUGUCCUCUUCCUCAUCUCCCUGACCCAAAACAUGCCGGCCGUCCAUAAACAGUCUCACGUGUCCCUGCUUCAGGAGGACCUACUGCGUUUGCCUUCGUUCCCCCGCACAGCCAUCGACGGAGAGUUCUCCCUCUUCAGCGAGCCGCAGGGUAAGGAGCUGUUCGGUCUGGACACCCUCCACAAAGUCCUCUGGAUCAAACUCCUGGAGGAGAUGUUCCUGGGCAUGCCCAGUGAGUAUCCUUGGGGUGAUGAGAUCAUGCUCUUCCUGAAUGUGUUCAAUGGCGCCCUGCUGCUUCACCCAGAGGACAGCUCCCUCCUCAGGCAGUACACGGCUACUGCAAUCAACACUGCCGUCCACUUCAACCACCUGUUCUCCCUGAGCGGAUAUCAGUGGAUUCUCCCCACCAUGCUGCAGGCCUAUGCCGACUAUGAGAGUAACCCACUUCUGAGGCAGGGAAUAGAGUUCUGCUGUCGCCAGUUCUACAUCCUGCAUCGCAAACCAUUCAUCCUUCAGCUGUUUGCUAGUGUGGCCCCGCUACUGGAGUUCACAACAAGCACCAGUACUGGCCUGUCCAAAGGGGUUUCAGCCCAGUGCCUGUUUGACCUGCUCGUCUCCCUGGAGGGAGAGACACUGGACGCUUUGGACGCCCUGGAGCUGGUCAAGGCUGAGAAGCCACUACGCUCCCUGGACUUCUGCUACGGUAAUGAGGACUUGGCCUUCUCCAUCAGCGAAUCCAUCAAGCUGUGCGUGACAGUGGUGGCGUAUGCUCCGGAGUCCUUCAGGAGUCUGCAGAUGCUGAUGGUUCUGGAGGCCCUGGUUCCGUGUUUCCUACAGAAGCUGAAGAGUAACACCAUGACCAUGGAGUCAGCAUCAGCAGCGCGGGACGAAAUCGCCGCCAUCGCAGCCCUGGCCACCUCCCUGCAGGCCCUGCUGUACAGCUCAGAGACACUUACACGCCCCAUGACGGCCCCACAGUUGAGUCGGUGUGACCAGGGACACAAAGGGGCAACGGCGGCCAACCAUGUGAUGUCUGGAGGGCCCAACACCAGUCGCCUUGUGUCCAACAUCAGGGACAAUCUGCACUUGUUGGAAGAAGGCCAGGGGAUGCCCCGUGAGGAACUGGAUGAACGCAUCGCACGCGAGGAAUUCCGCCGGCCUCGGGAGUCCCUACUAAAUAUCUGUACUGAGUUCUACAAGCACUGCGGCCCGCGGCUUAAAAUCCUGCAGAACGUGGCCGGGGAACCUCGGGUCACGGCCCUGGAACUGCUCGACAUCAAGUCUCACAUGAGGUUGGCAGAAAUCGCCCACGCCCUCCUCAAACUUGCCCCGUACGACACUCUGACCAUGGAGAGCCGCGGCCUGCGCCGCUACAUCACCGAAAUGCUGCCCAUCACCGAUUGGUCGGCCGAGACCGUGCGGCCUGCCCUCAUCCUCAUCCUCAAGCGGCUCGACCGCAUGUUCAAUAAGAUCCACAAGAUGCCCACGCUCAGGAGACAGGUAGAAUGGGAGGCAGCCAGUAGUCUGAUUGAAGGCAUCUGUCUGACACUCCAGCGACAGCCAAUCAUCUCCUUCCUCCCUCACCUUCGCUCCCUCAUUAAUGUCUGUGUCAACCUGGUCAUGGGAGUUGUAGGGCCCUCCAGUGUGGCUGAUGGGCUACCUCUGCUUCACCUUAGCCCGUACCUGUCCCCCCCUCUGCCCUUCAGCACAGCAGUGGUACGACUGGUCGCCCUGCAGAUACAGGCUUUGAAGGACGACUUCCCCCUCAGCCAUGUGAUCUCGCCUUUCACCAAUCAGGAGAGGAGGGAGGGCAUGCUUCUCAAUCUGCUUAUUCCAUUUGUGCUGACCGUGGGGUCAGGGAGUAAAGACUCCCCCCACUUGGAGCAGCCUGAGGUGUUCCUCCUCCUGCAGACGGUCAUCAACAUUCUCCUCCCCCCACGCAUCAUCAGCACGUCCAGGACCAAGAACUUCAUGCUGGAUGCCUCACCUGCCCACUGCUCCACCCCAGGGGACCAGGGCAAAGACCUGAGACGAGAGGGCCUGGCUGAGUCCACCAGCCAAGCAGCAUACCUGGCUCUGAAGGUGGUGCUGGUGUGUUUUGAGCGGCAGCUGGGGAACCAAUGGUACCGCCUGAGCCUGCAGGUCAAGGAGAUGGCUCUGAGGAAGGUGGGAGGCCUGGCCUUCUGGGACUUCAUCGACUUCAUAGUGCGCACGCGCAUCCCCAUCUUCGUCCUGCUGCGUCCCUACAUCCAGUGCAAGCUCCUGACCCAACCGGCAGACUCCCAGGAGGAGAUCACGGCCCGCCACCACAUCGCUGACCAGCUGGAGCGCCGCUUCAUCCCCCGCCCUCUCUGCAAGAGCUCCCUGUUUGCCGAGUUCAACAACGAGCUCAAGAUCCUCAAGGAGGCCGUGCAUAGUGGUUCAGCGUACCAGGGAAAGACAUCCAUCAGCACAGUGGGCACGUCCACCUCUGCCUACCGCCUGUCACUGGCUACCAUGUCCCGGUCCAACACGGGCACAGGCACGGUGUGGGAGCAGGAGAGCCAGCCGUCACGCCAGCCCUCCCAGGACACUCUGAGCCGCACCGACGAGGAUGAGGAACCGGAACAAGAAGAAAAUGACUCCAUCAGCAUCCCCAGUGUGGUUAGUGAACAUGAGGCCUUCCUACCCCGGCUCAUCUCCCAGAGGCGUUUCUCCAGCUAUGCCACGGGUAGCGCCUCUGCCCAAUCUGAGCCUGGCACCCGCAGCACCAUGCUUCCCAGCCAGAGUGAACCCAAUGUGCUAGAUGAGUCCCAAGGAUUGGAAGAGGGUAACCUGUCUAGGGUGGCCAGUGUACAGAGUGAACCAGGUCAGCAGAACCUCCUGCUCCAACCUCCGCUGGGACGCAAUAGAGGACUGAGACAGUUGCGGCGCCCCCUGCUGUCUAUUCCGAAGAACGAGCCACGAGGGCCAGGUCGCUCUGGAGCCCGACUGUCCACCACCCGCCGGAGCAUCCAACCCAAGAACAAACUUCUGGGUAACUUCUGUCUGUGUGUGUCUGUGGUGUGUGCUUGCACGUGGACGUCCGGGAGACAUUCGACUCGAACUGACAUGUACCCAUCUUCCUCUUUCACAACCGUUGUCCCAAUGUGUCUUUGGCCCCUGUCAUCUCCGACCCUGGUAACUGAUUCUGUUCACUCUGUGUUCUGUUUAUGCCUUUGUUUUGAUUCCAAUAAAGACACGUUAUUGGACUGCGAAGCCACCCAUGGGGGGGACCAGAAAAGAGUGGUCACCUUUACAGAGACCCAGCAGGAGGCCCAGGUGAAGCCCCCCAUCCCCGCUGGGGCCGAUGCCCAGCCAGAAGUCAGGAAGGCCAGCCCGGCCCCUCCACCUACGCCUCCUGCUACCACUGGGGCCUCUUUUUCAGCCACAGUCAAAGCUGACCUCCACAGCCCUGCCAGGAAACAGUUAUCAAUAUCAACGGAGAGCAAGGAGAAGAGAGAACAGUGGAGCCUGCGCAGUAGUCUCUCCCCUCGAGCCUCCAUCUCCCGUGCCUCCACCCCUACCCCGCCCUCUCGCUCCUGCUCUCCUCUCCCCCCUCCUCCUCUCCCUAUCUCUCGCACCUGCUCUCCCCUCCCUCCUCCCCCUCUGCCCAUCCUGGGGAUCCAGCCCCGCGCCGCCCUCUCCCAGCCAGGCACAUCAUCCCGGUCGACCCCGGAGAGCCCAGAGGACGAGGACACGACCGCCCUGCUGGGUAGAAAUGCAGACACCCUCCUCCACAUUUCAGAGGACAACGGGGGCACGGAGAACCCCCUGCUCGCCCCCUUGCUCACCCCCCUGCUCUCCCCGCACCCCUCCCCUGCCAUACCCAGCCGCCGAUCCCCUCUCCCCCUCUCCCCCGUCGACCUGGACCUGGACGAGUCCCACGUCUGAGAAAUGGCCCUGGAACAUUUCAGAAACCUAAUGUUCCAACUAGGACCAGGAGUUUUUCCCAUGGCUUGCCUUGUCGUGACCUCAGCAGGAAAAUACCCUGGCCCUAGUUAUAGGGCUCUAAACUACAGACGUAGGCUCUAACUAGGGCCUGGAGUUUGACCCUUGAGGUUAAGUCACAUGGUCCGGCAGGAUAAAACUCCUGUCCCUAGUUAUAAUGACUCUGGCAGGCUAGCUUCUCUGUGUCGACCCCUCUUCUGUAUCUUUGGACAAGGUUUUUAUUUUAUUGAUUUUUAGAUCCUGUCUUUUUAAUUUGCUGUGUUCAGAGGGUGUUUGAGAGAUUUGCAAGCCUGUUCAAACACUGAAAAGAAUCUUCCUUUUCUCCCUCCCUUGACCUAAUCUGGCGUUUAUCCAUUUUUUAUUUUGAAUGAGGAGACACUAGACGUUGAAAAGGCAGAUUUUGCUCAAUGGAGACACUUUGUGGGGCCUGAUCUGAUUUGAUAUGCUUGGUGAAAUUAGUGCAGAAGAAUCAUUGCCCUCAUGUUCAGUAAUUUACCUGAAAGGAGUAUUCAAACAAGGCCAAUUGUUCUUCUCCUGCCCACCUUCAACACCAUACCACAGCACCUCCUCUUUCUUCAUUCUUUUUUUUACUUGAAAGCGAACCAAUAUGAAAUCCAUCCAUUCAUCCAAAGUGCAUGUCCUCACCACCGACAUGCUACCCGUCUCAUACCAAAGUGCUCAAAUCAAAGGUAGAAUCAACCCAUGUUGGGGUAAAUAUUGGCAUACAAAAGUGGGAAUGGUUUGUUGCUUGGUGGAUUAAAUUAUAUUUUAUUUAAGGGUUAAUAAUUGUAAGCUUUACAGCCUUCAUUUGGUUGGCUAAUUGCACUCUCACUUUGCAAAAUGCUAACAUUAGCCUAUAGCUAUAGUUUGGGGUCAGAGUUUUUCAAAAUGUAUCGCUGCUUUUCAUGGCCCCAUUAGCUGCCAGCCUAUAGGUCAAUUCCCAAGAACUGUUUACAAUUAAGCUACUGAAGGCCAUAACUAGAGAAUUACUUUUACUACAUAGACUAUGAUAUCCUAUGAUUGUUAUGAAUUUAUAACAUUUAAUCCUGAAGGAAAUAGAGUUUUUAAAAGUUUAAAGUUUAUCAACAGAUGAUGAGAUUAAUGACAUAUUUAUUAAUAUUUAUAAAAUGUGUAUGUUAUGUAUUCUUGGGGUUUCAUUAUCUGUGUAUAUUGACAAUCGACACACUGAGUUUGCUGUUCUUUUGCUGUGGAAGUUGUCGGGUAGAUGAAAAUUGGUUCUCUGUGGUAGAAGUCAAGAGUUGUAGAUGGGGCAGAAAAUACUGUAGUGGAAAGUAGUCUCCCCUUGUUGAUAAUUGGAAACGGGCUCUUUUAGUUUAAUGACAGAAACUACCAUGGUUGCUUCUAGUCAAUUCAGGAAGUGCCCUGAUAUUUUUAUUCUCAAUGCUUUUUAAGUCUGGAACAUUUGGAAAUAUUUAACUUUCUGAAUUGACCUCAACUGAAUUGACUCCAUCCCUGGAAAUGACGAUACCAUAACUAAAUGGAGGCUUUAGUUGUAUGUGUUAUGCAAUACAUUUCUGUUAUGAAUAGACUCCAAAGUCAUAAUAACCUGCUAUAAUGUAAACUUCAUGCAUAAAGAAUAGACCAUGGGCUACGGGCAGAAUUAGUAUUGGAUGUUAGUGUCCUGAAGAAUUGUUUCUAGCCCUAAAGAAACUGUGCAACAAGAUUGUUGAUUCUCAAUUUUAACAGUGAGGAUACAUCAGUUUUCUACCAAAGCUUUUAACCUGAGAGCUGAGAAGAGCACCUCCAGCUCCAGCACCUUUAUAAUAGUCUGUUUUCCGUGACCAAGGUCCCUCCAUGAGCCAUGGGUACAGACCAAACCUGAGAUGGGCACACAGCAAUUUAUUGGUCAAGGGCUUUUUUUGCAUUUGUUAAAAUAUGAGUUAAGAUAUAGUAUUUUUUGUGAGAGAAAGCUCUUCUAUCACCUACUGAUCUGCAUUGGUGAUGUCAUGAACGAGUGCCAUAAGGCUUUUACACUGUGAUUUGGUCUCUUCUGUCGAUGCUUUUGAGUGUGGUGUAAAAGUACUGCUGUACAAGUCUAGCAGGGAACGCUGCACCACAGAUCUGUGGUAACCAUAUUAUUAGAAAGAGCCAAUUUACUUCUGUCUUGGCACAGUCCAUGCUACAGUCCGUGGGGUGACGGUACAAAGUAUUCUGGAUGCCCGUUGUCUUGUCAGUGCCAAUGGUCUGUGCCAAAAGUCUGUAACUGUCCGUGUCUGUAGUGCCAAUGCUGUCCGGCUGCCGAGUUGUCCGUGUGCAGAUGCUUUCUGUGACAUUGUCGUGUCAUGGGGGUUCAUCCAUAAAAGGCACGCCGUCCAAUCCAACUUCAUCUGCGUUCAUCUCCAUGUAUGCACUGUUGAAGUACGCUACCCUUUUCUGUGUCAAACUAUUUACUGCUUUGGAUGUGAAUUUGGAUUAGGAUUGGAAUCAUUCCGUAACUUUUCCCGAGGUAAAUUAUUUUUUUUAUUAUUCAGAAAUCCUGACUGAUGAUUUCGGAUUUCUUGCUUGAUCCUUUCUGAUGUUGGGAUGCAUUUUUGGGGAAGUCACCAGAAUUUGACAACCCUGUGUUUACCUUAUUGUCAGUUGCCAUUUUUAAUAAGUCCACUAUAUACAGUAGCUUUGAUUGUCAGCAGAAGAUGUUCUUAUUAGAUUUUCUUCAACUUACAGCUAACGUGUAAUAUUGUGGCCAAUUUGAUACUUCAUGAUGUCAAUCACUACUGAAUGCUUUUCCAGUUCAUUCUUGUUUGUCUAUGUACUAAAUGUUACUGAGAAUAGCUAAAUAUGUACAGUAUAGUUAUAGCUCUGGGAAUAGCUAUUUUAUGAACUAGUAGGUUUACCUCAAAGUCCUUUACACAUAUUACUGUAAGGUGGAGCUAAAAGAUACUCAGAAAUGUAUACUGAAAUUACAUAUACUAUACUGUCUGUGUCAAAUGAAGGGUGAAAUUAUGCCCUAGAUGCAUUUAUUAUACAUUUUUCAUAUUUUCUUUCUUUACAUACAAAUAUUAUAUUCAUAUUCAUCAUUUUACAUCAGUGCCCCUGAAAGUCUUAUAUAUUUCAAAUAUUUAUUUAAAAAGUUUGUCUUGUCCUGUGUUCUAAAUCCUAAAACACACACACAUACAUAUGACAUGAAAAUAUAUAUAUAUAUGACAAGAAAAUAUUGAAUAACUAUAUAAAAAUUAAAUGGAUACUGUUGUAUAAAACAUUCUGUUGUAUCCUGACAUUUUUCUUCUCUCAAAUUAUCUUUUAGUAACUGUAACUAACUAGAAAACUAAAAGUGUAGGAUAUUUUAUUUAGGUAUAAUUUGCGUGAUAAAUUGAGAUGAUAAAUUGCACAAUUACAACUGUUGAUUUCUGUUCUGGGUCAUGACCGAAAGAACAAGAUUGCGAGUACAAGCAGCUGAAAUGGGUUUUCUCAGAAGGGUGGCUGGCUUC